AAAAUAUUAUUUACUGUUAAGUUGUUUUUGUGCACUCGCCUGAACUUUCCUAGACACGUCAACAAAGUACUAUUUGGAAUUCCUGGUUGCAUUUGGAUUAAAGGCGAUAUUUUAAAAUUAUUUUGAUCUAAAAAAAAAUUUUUUUUUCAUUAUUUUGUGCAAAAAAUGCGCAUCAGCAACAUACGGAGCGGACGUAUAUGCCGUUUGGUCUUAUGUUGUUUGGUCAUAUUUCCCUUGUUAUAUCUGCUUACUACAUGGAGUGAAAAAUAUAAACGUUCUCAGGAGGUUUAUCAGGCACAGUCUAUACAUUAUCAAAAGCUAGAGAGUAGACUGAAAGAAGUUCCGGUUCUGGUAGAGGGCUUGGGCAAUUUUGAACCUAAAGAUAUGCCAAAACGUAAUGGCCCGGGGGAAAAUGGCAAACCUCACCAUUUGCCAGCCGAGAAGCAAGCUGAGGCUGACGAAUCGGAAAUGCAGUACGGGAUGAAUAUAGCUUGCUCUGAUGAAAUUUCUAUGCAUCGUAGUAUACUUGACACGCGUUUAGAGGAGUGCAAGCAUUGGAAUUAUCCGUACGAUUUGCCUACAACUAGCGUAAUUAUAGUCUUUCACAAUGAGGGAUUUUCAGUACUCAUGCGUACCGUGCAUUCAGUUGUUGAUCGCACACCCUCUCAUGUAUUGCAUGAAAUACUCCUUGUGGACGAUUAUUCCGACAAACAAAAUCUUAAAAAUAAUUUAGAUGAAUACAUCAAAAAGUUUAACGGUUUGGUUCGUUUAAUACGAAAUUCUGAAAGAGAGGGUUUGAUACGAACCCGUUCAAGAGGAGCCAAAGAAGCAACAGGGGAAGUUAUCGUAUAUUUGGAUGCUCACUGUGAGGUCAACGUUAAUUGGCUGCCACCACUUCUAGCUCCUAUUUAUCGAGAUCGUACUGUUAUGACUGUUCCAAUCAUUGACGGUAUUGAUCACAGGACUUUCCGGUACCAUUCGGUGUAUGGGACCGAAAAUCAUUUUCGGGGUAUCUUUGAGUGGGGAAUGUUAUACAAGGAAAAUGAAUUACCCAAGCGAGAACGAAGACGCCGUCAAUAUAAUACAGAGCCUUAUCGUAGUCCUACACAUGCUGGCGGACUCUUCGCCAUCAAUCGUGAAUACUUCUUAGAACUGGGAGCUUAUGAUCCGGGCUUACUGGUAUGGGGUGGUGAGAAUUUUGAAUUAAGCUUUAAAAUUUGGCAAUGCGGUGGAAGUAUUGAAUGGGUGCCGUGUUCGCACGUGGGGCACGUUUAUCGAGGCUUUAUGCCCUACAAUUUCGGUAAAUUAGCCGAGAAGAAGAAAGGAUCUUUAAUAACCAUCAAUUACAAGCGAGUUAUUGAGACAUGGUUUGAUGAUAUACACAAAGAAUAUUUUUACACACGUGAACCUUUAGCGCGCUAUCUGGAUAUGGGAAAUAUUAGUCAACAGUUAAAUCUGAAAAAACGGCUCAAUUGCAAAUCAUUUCAAUGGUAUAUGGAUAAUAUCGCGUACGAUGUGUACGAUAAAUUUCCUUCUUUACCUGCCAAUUUACAUUGGGGUGAAUUGCGAGCUGUGGCCACCGAUACUUGCCUAGAUUCAAUGGGCAAUCAGCCGCCGGCACUAAUGGGAUUAUCCCAUUGCCAUGGUUCCGGCAACCAUCAACUGAUACGACUCAACGCAGCCGGUCAAUUGGGUGUGGGCGAACGCUGCAUAGAGGGUGAUCGUCAAGGCAUUAAAUUAGCAGUUUGCCGCUUGGGCACAGUAGAUGGCCCUUGGAGUUAUAAUGAGCAAUCGAAACAUUUACUCCACCGCGGCCAGAAAAAGUGCAUGUCCCUACAUCCGGUUACACAGCAAUUAUUCUUGGCUUAUUGUGACACCAAUGAUGCCUAUCAGGAGUGGAAAUUUAAAACUAUUAAGCUGGACUACCACUAAAGAAUUUUAAAACAAAAAUUUAUUACUCGUAAGCAGCAUUUUAUUUAAUUGGCUAACAAGAAUCUAUCAAAUUAACAUUAGAAAUCUGUUAAAUUUAGAUUACAGGCAUAGCAACUAUCGGCAAAUUUGUGCUAGAUUUCGAAGUCAAGCCACACUAGUUUGCUAAUUUAUAUGCCAAUCUAGUUUGCGUUUUAUCAGAUCAUCUUUUCUCUUUCUGUGAUCCAAAAUUAAUUCUCAAGAGCGUACCAGUUUAAGAAGCAGUGAUUUUAAAAAUUAUAAAUAUUUUUAUUUUAAAUAUUGUUCGCCAUUAUGCUUAUAAUAAAACUAUAUCUACUCUUGAUCAGUGCGUAUAUCGGCCGCGGCUUAGCUAUGUUUACCGGGGUGCUUGUUUGGAAGCGUUAAAACCCUUACUAGCAUAAGUUAGGUAAUCAUUGGAGCCAACAAAAUCUUUCCAUUCCUGGAGCCGCCUACAAUUCGAAGGAGAGUAAUAGCUCAAAUAGGGCUCGCAGUUUAGAGUUUUAAACUUGGCAAUUAUUUGUUCCUCAAUAAAGUGCUUCCUAGAAAUUCCGAAAUUACCAUCCAAUCAUCAGGCAGAAUAACCAAAGAAAAGUUUUUAGCUUGUGUAAUAAUCACUUGUGCCUAAAAGAAAGGUUUGAUGUGAUAUACUAUAAACACCACGCUACAUACGGGAUAUGAUUACGUCGAGAGGAUGAAUUUCACUACCAUUCAUCAAGUAUUGUACAUAAGACCAACGGUGGGAACUAAAAAAUUCGGCCUCAGUGGAAAUUAUUUCUUCUUAAAUACUUUCCUAUUUAUUUUGUGUUAAAUUUGGACUCUAUGCUGACAUCCGUUAAUUUGUUAAUGUGCAUAUGUAUGGCUGUUGCUGUGUUGUGUGCUUAAUUAUCUAAUAUGAGAUAUUUUUAUUGACAUUAUUAUUUAUAAAUUUUUGUGUUGUUUUUCGCCAAUUCUUUU